AUCUGCCGUUCUUUUUGUUGUUGGUUCUCGUAAAGCGUGCUGCGUAUUUUCCAACGUUUUUCGCAGAUCUCUUUCCGAAAAUGGCCCAGAAGACCCAGAAAAUGCUACAGUUCCACGAGCUGGAGCUGGACCAACGCAUCCUCAAGGCGGUGUCCCAGAUGGGUUGGCAGCAGCCCACGCUCAUCCAGUCGACGGCGAUUCCUUUGCUCCUGGAAGGUAAAGAUGUGGUGGUGCGUGCCCGCACAGGUUCCGGCAAGACAGCCACAUACGCCCUGCCGCUAAUCCAGAAGAUUCUGAACUCCAAGCUCAAUGCCAGCGAACAGUGUGUGAGCGCUGUGAUCCUGUGUCCCACCAAGGAACUGUGCCGCCAGUCGCGCAACAUAAUCGAACAGCUGGUUGAGUCCUGCGGCAAGGUGAUCCGUGUGGCUGAUAUUGCCGGCAGCUCCAACGAUGCAGUGACACAGCGGCAUGCACUGGCCGAGAGGCCCGACAUCGUGGUGUCCACACCCGCCAAGCUGAUGGCCCACGCUGAGGCCGGUGGUGUGGUGGAUCUGAAGCAUGUGGAAACACUGGUGGUGGACGAGGCAGAUUUGGUGUUUGCCUUCGGCUAUGAGAAUGAUUUCAAGCGGCUGAUCAAGCACUUUCCGCCCAUCUACCAGGCGGUCCUUGUCUCCGCCACACUCAGCGACGACGUGGCGCGAAUGAAGGGUUUGUGCCUCCAUAAUCCCGUUACGCUAAAGCUCGAGGAGCCGGAGUUGGUGUCGCAGGAUCAGCUAACGCACCAGCGGAUCCUAGCCGAGGAAAACGACAAGGCGGCCAUAUUGUAUGCCCUGCUGAAGCUGCGUCUAGUACGAGGCAAGAGCAUUAUUUUUGUGAACAACACCGAUCGCUGCUACAAGGUUCGCUUGUUUUUGGAGCAGGUUGGCAUCCGCUCCUGCGUUCUGAACUCUGAACUGCCGGCCAACAUACGCAUACACACAAUAAGUCAGUUUAACAAGGGCACCUACGACAUCAUCAUUGCCGCCGACGAACACCAUCUCGAGCAGCCGGGCAACUCUUCCUCCUCCUCCUCCGCUUCAUCUAAGCGUAAAUCCUCGCGCAGCGGUGACUUUGAAUCGAGCGCCUCGCGUGGCAUUGACUUCCACUGCGUGAACAACGUGAUUAACUUUGACUUUCCGAGGGAUGUCACUUCGUAUAUACAUCGGGCUGGCAGGACGGCCAGAGGGAAUAAUAAGGGAUCGGUUCUGUCCUUUGUCAGCAUAAAGGAGGCACCCGUUAACGAUGCCGUGGAGAAGAAGCUACGCUCCUGCUUUGUCACCAAGAAGGACGAGAAUAUCAUCAAAAACUAUCAGUUCAAGCUGGAGGAGGUUGAAGCUUUCCGGUACCGUGCCCAGGAUUGCUGGCGCGCCGCCACUCGUGUCGCUAUCCACGACACCCGCAUUAACGAGAUCAAAACGGAGAUACUCAACUGCGAAAAGCUUAAGGGCUUCUUCGAGGAGAACAAGCGGGAUCUGGAAGCUCUGCGCCACGACAAGCCCAUGCACAGAAUCAGAGGGCUCAGACACUUGAGCGAUAUGCCCGAGUACAUAGUGCCCAAGGCGUUGAAGCGAGUUCGUUACACGACCACUGGCAGCAACAGUGGAGCUUCAGCGGCCAAAACGCCAAGACAGUCGGCCGGCAAAGCGGCUUUCGAGCGGCAGAGCAACGACCCGCUGAUGGUCAGCCAGGUGGACUUUGGCAAGAAGAGGCCGGCCCAGCGGCGGAAAAAGAACAAGGCGUUUUGAAGGAUCAACGUCCUGUCGGGAGGGAGGGGCCAACCUUAGUCUAUAUCAAGUCUAGCUUUAAAUCACUUUUCAAGCUUGUUAAAACGCGAGUGUGUGCUUUGAGAAAUACAAAUUUAAACCGAA